GCACCUUCAUUUGGGUCAAAUUUAUUGCGCAAAUGAGAGCAAUCCCACGAAAAAUAUGGGCACUCGAGAUUUUCAAAACCUGUCUGGAUUAUACUAGUCCUGCCUCACUUUAAAUGUAUCAGAAUGUCAACGACGGUUUCUCAACGAACUUGAUACUUUUUUGAGGAGAAACGUUUAAAACGUGUGUUGGUUGUCAUGUGUUUCUAGCCUAUUUGUUAUAGUGAAGGGCUUCAUAUGUCGAUUGGAGCAUCAGUCGCGAAUGUCACUUUCCCCUGAUCACUAUAGCAUACAUAGGUCAGUGACUAGUGUUACCAACCGCAAGACUCCUGCAGGACCGGUGGCGAUUUUUAUUUAUUGUAAAAAUGAACCUUAUUGGGAGCUACCAGCAUCAUCAUCUGAUGCACGACACGUUUCCAUUCGUCCAGAGGUGUCAUCAAGAUAACCCCUACUUCCAAAGCUGGGUGGUGAACAACGGCGAAGUCCCCCCUGACUUCCAGAUGCCUUACUCCACGGAGUUCGGGGCUCCGGGUCCGGCGCACGAAAGCCAGCUGGAUGCUCUCUCGGCAUGCAUGGGGAAGAGGAGAGCCUCGGGGCCGAAGAAGGAGCGGAGGAGGACCGAGAGCAUCAACACCGCGUUCGCCGAACUGAGAGAAUGUAUACCAAACGUACCCGUAGACACGAAACUGUCCAAAAUUAAAACGUUACGACUAGCAACAAGUUACAUUGCCUACCUAAUGGACGUGCUGGCUAAAGACACUGGGGAGACCGAGGGAUUCAAGGCCGAAAUCAAGAAAUAUGAUAGAGAUUUGAAACGGAAACGGGAAACGGUAGGCUAUGUGAACUAUUUUAAUAAGCUGCCUUUUAUUUUUGCAUAGGCCUAGGCUAUAUAUAUAUAAAUAUAAAUAUAUAAAUAUUUUACUGUCCCAAAAAUCUAAAUGCAUAUUCUGCAAACUAUAGCAGCAUUGUAAAAAUAGUAUUUAUUGGAAUUAGGCUCACGUAGUCUACGUUCUGCCAUCAAGCUAAGUUAUUGUCUUAAUUAUUGAGUGUAGGCCUAUUUUAGGCAGAAUAUGAUGGAAUAUGCACCUUCGUGAUUGUGGUUUUAUCUGUUGAAACAAUGUUGAGGCCAUAAUGUUGUAAUUACUGUGUAGGCCUAUUCAAUUAAUGUUCAAAUGAAUUGUAUGUUUGUUGGCUCUGUAAAGCGAAAACAUUUAACAUUUUAUAGCAAUGAAAGUCACUAUACAAUCCCAUGUCAGAGAAAUCAUAUUUUGAGCUCAAUUGAACAAGCCUGAAAAGGCCUAUAAAGAGAAAUAAUAUAACAUGAUUCGACCUCUGGUUGUUAAUUUGCACAUGUAAUAGGCCUAAGUGUUUAUUUAAUUCAGGCCAUGUAAUUUUACAUUGAGUUUAAAAUCAGUCAAUAUUACAAUUGCAUAGUGCAUAUAUCAAUAUUGACUACAUUUGUAUUUUAUUUCACAGAACGAUGGCCUGCAAGAGUCAUUAGGAAACGAGAAAAAGUUCAAAGGACGGACAGGUUGGCCUCAGCAAGUCUGGGCUUUGGAACUGAACCAGUGAAUGUUUUGACCUCUGAGCACAGCAGCAUGCAACCCACUCAAAGACUCCGUAUUCAAUCACGUCGCUGCAAGGAAUACAACCACUUAUACACAUCUACUGUAUAUACGUGCAAUGUUCAAAUUCAAACAAGGUGGACUUGGUAAAAUGCAAUAUUAUGCAAAUAAUUCAACAACUGCCUGGUAAAC